AUGGAACCAUACCUGCUCACAGCGACCGAGUGUCUGGAGAAAUUCAAGGAUGGCUCCUUGACCGUGGAAGCCUACGCAAGAUCGCUGCUUGCACGCAUAGACCAGCGAGACUCCGCUGUCAAAGCAUGGGCGCACUUGGAUCCCGAGUAUGUCAUAGAGCAGGCUAGAGCCCUGGAUCAAAUCCCUCCCGAGAAGCGAGGGCCCCUCCACGGUGUCUCGGUGGCAGUCAAGGACAUUAUGCAUACAAAACGCAUGCCAACACAACAUAACUCCCCUAUCUAUCAAGGUGAUGCUCCGGAGAUAGAUGCUGGCUCAGUCACUAUCCUUAAGAGAGCCGGCGCGCUUCUCAUUGGAAAGUCAACAACGACACAGUUUGCCUCACCAAAAGAUGGACCACCAACUUGUAACCCAAAUGAUUUAUCCAGAACACCGGGAGGCUCGUCUUCAGGUUCUGCGGCCGCCGUGGCGGAUUUUCAAGUCGCAAUUGGCUUAGGCACUCAGACGGGUGGCAGCACAGUCCGGCCAGGGUCAUUCAAUGGAAUUUACGCCAUGAAGCCUACGUGGAACGCCAUAACUCGAGAAGGUCACAAAACAUACUCGUUAACACUGGACACAAUAGGCUUUUUCGCUCGCUCAGCUGAUGAUCUUGAGCUUCUUGCCAAGGUCUUUGCCUUAGAAGACGAUGCUCCAAGAGAAACAGAAGCUACCAUUCCUAUCCAGCGAGCAAAAUUUGCAAUUGUGAGGACAGUGGUGUGGCCGGAGGCUGGCCCAGGGACACUCGCCGCUAUGGAUAUCGCGGCAAGACUGCUCCGAGAACACGGGGCUGAGGUAGAAGCGGUCGACCUUCUGCCCGAGUUCGAUGAGAUGCCUCGAUGGCACCACAUCAUUAUGGAUACUGAAGCCCGGUCAGCAUUUCUCCCAGAAUACCGGAUUUCAAAAGAGCAACUGCAGCCGUUCAUCACCAACCAUGUUGAGAAUAGCACAAAGAUUUCCAGGGCGGAACAGCUGGAGGCUUUCGACAGAGUCGCAGCUCUUCGCCCGAAGUUUGACAAGAUUGCUGAAAAAUACACCGCUAUAAUCACCCCUAGUGUCAUCGAUGAAGCACCUUUGGGGCAAAAGUUUACGGGGAGUGCGGCCUUUAAUGCCCUCCACACGCCGGUUAUCAAUGUCCCUGGCUUCAAGGGAGAGAAUGACAUGCCAGUUGGGCUUUCGUUGGUGGCAGGAAGAUAUCAUGACCGGCAUCUACUGGCGGUUGCAAAGGAGGUAGGGAAGAUAUUUGAAUCACAAGGUGGUUGGAAACGUCAUUGCCAUGUGUAA